CUUGGUCAACACUCGACACCGGCCUAAACCUAUCAAAGGCUGCAGGGCUUGCAAGCGGGCAGCGUGUCCCAAGACGAACCACCCUCGCCCCUGUCCCCUUGACAUCCAUCCUUUCUCCGCCUUCUGCCCGUGCCGGACCAUACCUACCUACCCUACCACCUGCCCGCCGUACCGAGUCCCCAGCCCUUUGCCCAGUCCGUCCAGUCAAGUCAAGUCCUACCGACCUGCCAUCCAUCCACAGAGACCAGACCAGACCAGGAACUGGGACUGGGAACCGUAACUGGGACUGGAACUGCGCCUCUACUGGCUCUCGUCUCUAGCCUCUCCUCUGGCACCACCUUUUUUCUGUCCGUCUUCGACUCGCGCAGAAGAGCCGACAGGUAAUUCCACCACGCCAGUCUGUCUCUCCUCAACCUCGACUGCUUUCCUGGCCUUGACCUCGUCGACCGCCCUGCAGCACCUACCUGCAAAACCGCCCAUGAAGUCGCCAGCCACAGCCUAGCACUCAAACGCCCUUGAUCCUGGAUUCUUUUCGCUCCUUAGUCCCCUACCCCUACGCCCCGACCCUGAAUCCUCGGCAUCUCCAGUCUCCCAUGGCCGACAACUCGGCCUUGGCGGCCGCCGCCGCCAUCGUGAAGAGCCUGGCGACAGACUCUCACGCGCCUUCCUCCACAAAUCGGGUUGCAGGGAAGCCCGUCGAGCUCCCCGGUGCAGACACAUUCGAGAAGCACCAGCUGGAGCGGGAGCUCGCCGCCCUCGUGUCACGGGUCCACCAACUCGAGACGAGAGCUCACUCCACCGGUAUCGCCAACUUCCCCGACACGCCUAAUGAAACCGCUGAUUCGGUGUUUGGUGACGAUGCAGCAUCGUCACCCUCAGGCAUCGGUCGUGACGCUUCCAAGUCGAGACCCGGAAGCAUAGGGCGGAACGGAAACAUCAUCGAGAAGGCUGUCCCCCUGACAGACGAGGCGCUCGAGGGCCUGCGUGAGCACGUCGACGACCAGUCAAAGCUUCUAGACAGCCAGCGACAAGAGCUCGCCGGCGUGAAGGCCCAGCUCAUACAACAGGAGCAGCUGCAAGAGAGGGCCCUCGCGAUAAUAGAACAAGAACGCGUUGCGACCCUCGAACGAGAGCUAUGGAAACACCAGAAGGCCAACGAGGCCUUCCAAAAAGCCCUUCGCGAGAUCGGCGACAUCCUGACCGCUGUGGCUCGUGGUGAUCUCUCCAAGCGAGUGCGCCUCAACACCGUAGAAAUGGACCCCGAAAUCACCACAUUCAAACGGACGAUAAACACAAUGAUGGACCAGCUCGGAGACUUCUCCUCGGAAGUGUCCCGUGUGGCUCGUGAGGUCGGCACGGAAGGUAUUCUGGGCGGCCAGGCUCAGAUCGAAGGCGUCGCUGGUACCUGGAAAGAAUUGACCGAUAAUGUGAACAUAAUGGCCCAAAAUUUGACCGAUCAAGUGAGAGAAAUUGCGACUGUAACGACUAGUGUAGCCCAUGGAGACCUUACCAAGAAGAUUGAGCGGCCUGCCAGAGGCGAAAUCUUCCAAUUGCAACAGACCAUCAACACCAUGGUUGACCAGCUUCGGACUUUUGCUUCCGAGGUCACGAGAGUGGCCAAGGACGUCGGAACAGAAGGCAAACUAGGAGGACAAGCCGAUGUGAAUGGUGUGAAAGGCAUGUGGAAUGACUUGACCGUCAAUGUCAAUGCCAUGGCCGACAAUCUCACGACACAAGUACGCGACAUCAUCAAGGUUACAACUGCAAUCGCAAAGGGAGAUCUCACGCAGAAAAUCGAGGCUCAGUGCAAGGGAGAAAUCUUCGAGCUGAAGAACACGAUCAAUUCCAUGGUGGAACAAUUGCAACAAUUCGCCCGGGAAGUCACGAAAAUCGCAAAGGAGGUCGGGACCGAGGGACGUUUGGGCGGCCAAGCCACCGUGCACGACGUGGAAGGAACCUGGAAGGACCUCACACAAAAUGUCAACGGCAUGGCCAUGAACCUCACGACACAGGUCAGGGAAAUAGCAACGGUUACAACUGCUGUCGCGCGGGGUGAUCUGAGCAAACGAAUCAGCGUCGAAGCCCAGGGUGAAAUAUUGGAUCUCAAAAACACUAUCAACACCAUGGUGGACCGUCUGUCUACAUUUGCGUUCGAAGUGUCGAAGGUCGCGCGAGAAGUCGGAACGGACGGAACACUCGGUGGCCAGGCCCAGGUUGAAAAUGUCGAGGGCAAGUGGAAAGAUCUCACUGAGAACGUCAACGUCAUGGCUUUGAACUUGACCACUCAGGUGAGGGGCAUCUCCAGUGUUACACAAGCUAUCGCGAACGGUGACAUGAGCCGUAAAAUCGACGUCGAGGCUAGGGGCGAGAUACUCAUCCUCAAGGACACCAUCAAUGACAUGGUUGACCGACUCAACAGCUUCUGUAAUGAAGUACAGCGAGUGGCCAGGGAUGUCGGCAUCGACGGUAUCCUUGGAGGCCAGGCAGACGUUGCGGGGCUCAAGGGCAGAUGGAAGGAGAUCACGACAGAUGUUAACACAAUGGCCAAUAACUUGACGGCCCAAGUGCGCGCCUUUGGGGACAUAACCAAUGCUGCCACCGACGGAAACUUUACCAAGAUAGUAGAGGUUGAGGCAUCCGGCGAGAUGGAUGAGCUGAAGCGGAAGAUCAACCAAAUGGUGUUCAAUCUCAGGGACAGUAUCCAGAGAAACACGCAGGCUCGAGAGGCUGCCGAGUUGGCCAACAAGACGAAAUCCGAAUUCCUGGCAAACAUGUCGCACGAGAUCCGGACCCCGAUGAACGGUAUCAUCGGAAUGACACAAUUGACCCUCGAUACCGACCUGACGCAAUACCAGCGAGAGAUGCUGAACAUAGUCAACAGCCUGGCUAAUAGCUUGCUCAUCAUCAUCGACGACAUCCUUGACCUGUCCAAGAUUGAAGCCCGACGCAUGGUCAUUGAAGAGAUUCCUUAUACGUUACGGGGCACAGUCUUCAAUGCUCUGAAAACGUUAGCAGUCAAGGCGAACGAGAAGAAUCUUGAACUCACAUACCAGGUCGACAGCUCCGUCCCUGAUCAUGUUGUUGGCGACUCGUUCAGGCUGAGGCAGAUUAUCCUCAACCUGGUCGGAAACGCCAUCAAGUUCACCGAGAACGGCAAAGUCAGCCUGCAGAUUCAGAAGUCGAAUCUGACAGUCAAGAGGGACGAGUACGCAAUUGAGUUCGUGGUCAGUGACACGGGUAUCGGUAUACCGUCUGACAAGCUCGACCUCAUCUUCGACACCUUCCAGCAAGCUGACGGGUCAAUGACUCGGAAAUUUGGCGGCACGGGUCUCGGGCUGUCCAUUUCGAAGAGACUGGUCAACCUGAUGGGAGGUGACAUACGAGUGGAGAGUGAAUUAGGACACGGCAGUGCCUUCUUCUUCACCUGCGUUGUCCGAUCAGCCGUCGACGACGUCUCAUACAUUGCAAAGUCGCUGAAUCCCUACAAGGGACAUGAGGUCCUCUUCAUCGACAAGGGCAACACUGGUCAUGGAACGGGCAUAAGGGAUAUGCUCCGAGGCCUAGGCCUAAUGCCCUCGAUCGUGGAGUCGGAGAAGAAUCCCCUUCUGGUGAAGCAACGCGAGAAGGGCACCACGCCCUACGACGUCAUCAUCGUGGAUGACCUGGAUACUGCAAGGAGGCUAAGGGCCAUUGACGACUUCAAAUACCUCCCCAUCGUCCUGCUAGCGCCUGUCGUACAUGUCAAUCUGAAGUCGUGCCUUGACUUGGGAAUUACAUCGUACAUGACGACGCCAUGCAAACUGAUUGAUCUCGGCAACGGCAUGAUCCCCGCACUGGAGAACAGAGCCGCGCCUUCGCUGGCCGACAACACGAGGUCUUUCGAAAUCCUCCUGGCUGAAGACAACGCAGUCAACCAAAAGCUCGCUGUCAAGAUUCUAGAAAAGUACCACCAUGUUGUCACAGUCGUGGGCAAUGGUGAGGAGGCGGUCCAUGCUGUGCAGAAGAAGAAGUUCGACGUUAUUCUCAUGGACGUGCAAAUGCCAGUAAUGGGCGGCUUCGAGGCCACUGGCAAGAUCCGAGAAUAUGAGCGCAGCCUGGGUUCCCAACGGACGCCCAUCAUCGCCCUCACAGCCCAUGCCAUGAUGGGCGAUAGGGAACGAUGCAUCCAGGCGCAGAUGGACGAGUACCUGUCCAAGCCUCUGCAACAAAACCACCUCAUACAGACCAUUCUCAAGUGCGCGACGCUUGGCGGUGCCCUGGCUGGAAACCGUGACCGGGAUAUAACACGACAGGCCGAUGCCAAGGCCGCGGGUGCCCGGAUCCCCAUCGACCCAUCGGGAAACUACCUACGGCCGCAGAGGCCGGGCCUGCAAUCACACGGCUCGGACAUCGUCAAAGGCCGGAUGGACAGCCCUGCUUUGGUGUCAGCUGACCAGGAGGACCCAUUGGCAAGAGCACGUAACAGCCUCUCCGCUCCUCCCGCCGGGCAAAAGCGCAAGCGUUAGCUAACUUUACUUUUUUUGGCCUGCUACAGCUCAUCUUCCGAGCCAACAGCCAGUAGAAGCACUUGUUCGUUAAACCUUGACCACACCGUCCUGUACACCAGCAAGGAGGGGGGAGAGAGCGCGAGUGGGGGAGGGGAGUGAGAACAAUCGCGAUUUUGCCGGAUCUUCGUCAAUCAGAUCAGAUGCAGCAAAGCAAAGCAAAACACAUCAUUUCUUUUGCCAGCAGCAAGCAGCAGGGCCAGGUCGCUACGGCUAUGAUACCACGGGGGCUCCUUACGAGUUCAAGUUUCUUCACGUAACAUGUCAGUUUAUAACGGGGUUCAUUGUUUGGCACUGGGUUGCAAGGCAUUUGGCGGCGUUAGUUGAUUUGGGUACAACAUUUUUUGAACACGCUUUUUUUCCCUUUGGAAAUCUGCGGGACCGCGCCGUUCGCAAGUGAGCAUUUUCUUUUGACAGCAACCAACAUCGUCUCUUGGCGCCACCUGAGCUCCGGACGCGAAUAUGGGACAGUGGAGCCUCAUGUGCAAGAGAGGAAACAGACGGGCAGUGAGGGUGGGGUGCAUAUGGUGGUCAGGUUGUAGGGGACAGCAAUCAUGGCAAGACUGGUGGUGUUGGACAGCGAGCGUUCCUACCAGGCAACUCUGGUUCAUAUAUUUAUUAGUAGUAUGUCUACCUGGUGAGACGACAUAUAAUCUUUUCGCUAUAUCUCAUCUGACCACAUAUCUCAUCCAACAAGCAACGUUAGGGGACAACUGGCCACGCCUUCCUUUCCCUCCUCCGGUUCUUAUUUUUCUGUGCAGACGUCGCGCCGAGUGACACAGACGGGCCUGUGAGGGUAAAACCAUUGACGGGGAAUGACUGUUGCCCUCGGGAUGUCUCAACCUCGCGGCGCGCAAGUCUUGUGUUUGUGCGCCCGUGCCGGAUCGAGAUGAUGCGUCACUCGGAGAUCACGACACGACAUGAUCAGGCUACAUACAGUGUUAAGCCGUUUUAGAACAAAACACAAAAAAAAAAAAAAAUACUCCGGGUCUCUGCAGCCGGAGGCUAUAUCUGUGCUACACACAUUGUAUCGGUGAGCGCAUGUGUGCGUUGGUGGUUCGUUUUGCGCCGGCGACUGACUCGGCCCUCAACAGCUGGUUGGCCCGGCCCGGGGAAGGGGCUGCCGCGUCGGAAUAUAGUACCAGGUGUUUUGGUUGUUGUGCAGGUCACCUACAGUAGCUGUUGGAAGGGAAGGGAGUCACCGGUGGGGCCGAUUGGGGCGGGCAGAAACCUUAUGGGCGGGUGCGUGAGUUCAACGUGGUGGGUAUGUGUUGAUGUGUUAUGAUGACGAUGUGGUUGUGGUGGUGGGGGCUGCUUUUGCG